AUGUUAUGGGCACUCUAUCGCACCACCAAGGGACACAAUGUGGUUGCACUGUCCAACGACUCUCGAUACGGCCUCAUGGCUGGUGUUUUCACCCAAGAUAUCAACCGUGCUCUUCGGCUGAGCGAGACCUUUGAUUCGGGCGUCGUGGGCGUCAACUGUGUCAGCACCAUCCACUUUGCGUGUCCUUUUGGGGAACCAAGGAGAGUGGGAUUGGUUGUGAGUUGGGCCCCUGAUGCUGUAUAUGGAUAG